UUCACCUGGAGCGAGAAAUUCCGUUCGAAGUGAAGUGCUUUUUUCUAGCGUGUGAAUUAUGUCGCUGGAAAACCGCAUUAUCCAUGGUGUUCUGGACAAACAUGAGGGAUUUCUUCGUCGCCAUCUCGUUCUCUCACUAGCUGUCAUAGAAAAACUCAGACAGAGGGUCAUUAUCACUACCAGUACCAAAGACAGAAUGGAAAAGGUUUCCCCCGAUGCUCAAAUCACGCUUUUGAUUGACAUCCUGCGACGCCGGGGAAUCCGAACUCUGGCUAAGUUUCUGCGUAUCCUUAAAGAGUCCUUAGAUGGGUGGAUAGCAGACAAAAUACUGAGCACAGAUCUACGAGUACUCAACAAAUACAUUCUAACAGACGACAGAACUCUAACCGAUUUUAUCAUUCGGGUAUGUGGACCACCUACCCCGGAAACCAAACCGGAAGCGCUAAUUAAACACACGAGAGAACCUAUAGAAAGUCGUACCAAAGAAAACAAUCAAGCCCAAAGGCCACAAAGGCAACCAAGAAAUGAAAACGAAGACAGCUUAAUAUAUUUCUUACCUACUCCCCCUACACAUAUUGCAGAAGUACCAGGACAAGUGCAACAUUUGCAUCACGUUUUUGAAGAAAGAAGGAAUCAGAUUAGUAGCACUUUGUCUGUGUUAAAACAGGAGGAACAGGCGAUAAAAGAUAUUUUAGAGAAAAACGUCUCGGAGCAACGCCAUCUUAAUAAGAACCAAGAAGCCAUUCAUGAGAUAAGCAGACGACUACAGUCAAUACAUCACGAGGCGGGACAACUGUUAAAAUCGGCGCCAAAUGACGUCAUUGUCAGAAAAAGAUUACAUCACUUACACGAGGUACCCUGGAAUUCGACAAAAUCAAGACACAAAAUGAUUUGAGACAACG